UCGCGGCAGACCACAACCGCUAGGUUCUGUAAAUACUUAUCACUUCUAGCGAUAUACCAAUCUCCAUUUUGGUAUAUGCUAAAUGCAAUUACAUAGAUGAUAAACCAGAUUAAAGAUGUCUUGUAUGCGGUCGUUCUGGUUAAUUACAUUUGUAUCCACGUUGCCCAUUGCAACAGGAACGUCAGAACAAAUAAUUUGCGAGGCACAAACCUUUUUCAUUGAAACGGAAAUUGAUAAACGAAUCUACGUUUACGAUGCGGAAAUCACUGUUGAAUACGAUAGAAACGAGUUAGCUGUAUACCAAUACCCUGUGACGAGCGCAGUAAAUAUUUUGAUGAACAACGCCGUCGUAUCUCUUGCAGGGCGUAUUGUUUAUGAUGACGAAACUCUUGACAUUAACGCGUUGAAAACGUCGAGAGUUUUAAUCUCUCAAAUAGCGGGAUCUGCGCAGUUAGUCAAUAAUGCUCACGAUCAAAAGGUGUUAUCCAAUUGUUUGAUAUUUUUAGCGAAGACGCCCGAGGAAAAGACAGGUUUGCCGCGCAAAUUCGAGAUUGAAAUUCUGCAUCGGGCAGCGUCGUGCCUAACAGCAUCGCUAUGUUCGAAAUUAGCCAGUAUUACUCAGCAAGAUUUUGAAUAUGCCGAUAAUCAUCUAUUUGACUUUGGACCGUUGUCAUCAGUGCCGCAACAAAUUCACGAUUAUCUUGGCGCCCGAAGGCAAAGUAAUCUACAGUCCGCGAUCAAUAUGAUCGUGGAUAUAGCGAUAGCCGAAAUCGUCGAGAAAUUGAAGGAUGAAAACGAAGGGACCUGUGAAAUACCCUACAUCAGUGUAGACAUUACUGAAGAAUCUAGCUGGAAACCUCAAGGAAAAUUACAAGCGGAAAAUGGAACUUUCUCAGAUCUGACUACAUUAACAAGAACUAAGCAUGCUACUUUAUCACACGAUGGACUGAGAUUUACUGCAUCCUGCGGUUUUGGAUUUUCAAAAGCCAAGAUAAAUUACGAAAAGUACAAGUUAAAAUAUGGACUGUCAGUGAGCGGACAUAUAUCGGUAAUAAUCGACGGAUUAUCAUUGACAACUUCGAUCGUCGUAGAUUUCAGUAGAGUGCCAUGUAGAAUAAUUCUUCAGGAAUUGCAAGUGGAAAAUUUAGGCAAAAUGAAGAUUAACAUGACUGGUUUAGGACCUCUGAACGGCCUUUUAUCGAGAUUUGCAACUUGGAUAACGAAAAAGUGGAAGGAGAAGAUUGUCGUGGCGGUUGAGAACAAAAUGAGGAAGGUCGUGCAACAACACUUGUCUAAGUUUACUUGUGAAAAUCUUAGGCCGUAAACUAUUUGCAUUUUACCAUGACUAUCGUUAUUUUUUAUCUACCGACGCUCCGAUUAAUUGGUGAACAUCAGAACUUUUUAUUCAUUUCAUUUGUUGGCAUGGAAGGAAAUAUCAAUAUCCCCAAGUAAAUAUUAUUUACCACUUCCGGGUAGACUAAUUAUGAUCUGGUAUUUAUGAAACGAUGUAAUAAAUACACUGGUAAAAAGCGUGAUAGUGGAAAUUAAGAUAAACUUGAUUAUUUUAAUGUAGCAAAAUACAAAAAGUGGAAAAAAGUAAUGUA